UCGACCGCACACACUUUCCCCUCACUAGCGAACGCGUUCUUCAAUUCAAACUUUAACUUUUUAAAUUUUAAAAAAUCGAAUUUGGAAUCCGACGCGUGCGAGUUUCAAUUAAUUAAAAAACGCCGCGUAUUUUAUUAAAGAAGUUACUAUUAUGAGGCUGUUGAUUGAAAUAAUACUUAUUAGAUUAAAAUGUAUGUGAUUUAUUUUUAAUGUGGAAUGAUGUUAAUUAAUAAAUAAUAUAACAAGAUUGUGAUGUGUUAAACCGUUACCUGAUCAUGAUGUGAAUUAAAAAAAAACAGUUUAUAGUCAUCGAGUUCUUAAUGAGGCCGGAACAAGAUGAAACCUUUCAUUAAACAGGCGUUCGUGGUUUCCGGCGCGGCGCUGAACAUCGCUGGGCAUGGUUGCGCACACGGCUUCCCAGCGGUGCUGUUCGCGCAGAUCAAGAGCGACGGCGGCCCUGUCACGCUAACGGAUCAUGACACGUCCUGGAUAGCGUCAGCAGUAGGCGUGAUGGGAAUCGUCGGCAACUUUAUAUCACCAGUCCUGAUGACACGCUUUGGUAGACAAAAGUCUCACCUCAUCUGCACCAUCCCAGCUUUACUAGGCUGGAUUGUAUUCGUCCUAGGAAACUCUGUUCCUUUAUUCCUCCUUGCUAGAUUCUUACAUGGACUUGCAUUGGGCCUACGAACACCUUUAGCUGCUAUUUUGGUUGCGGAAUAUACAGAACCUAGAUAUAGAGGAGCAUUUUUAGGUACUUUUGCUAUAUCUUUAGGAUUAGGGAUUUUGCUUUCUCAUGUCUGGGGAGCAUACAUGUCAUGGAAAAAUACAGCUGUAGUAUGCUCCUUGUUUCCACUAAUAUCCAUGGUUAUUAUAAGUUUGUCUCCUGAAUCAGCGAGCUGGUUGAUUUCGAAAGGAAGGUUUGAAGAUGCAAAGAAGGCUUUUAGAUGGGUGCGUGGAGAAGGUGUCGCCCAAACAGAAGAAUUGGAAUCAAUGAUCAGAGCACAAGAAAAAGAGAUUCAGCUAGAAGGAAUGAGAAAGAAACGUCAAGUGAAUAAGAGAUUUAAGAUUAACAGGCUGUUUAAGACGAUAAUGGAUACAAUAAAAACUGUAAUGAGAAUAUUUAAAAAGAAAGAGUUUUAUAAGCCAUUAAUUGUAGCUAUAUGUAUGCUGGUAGUUUUUGAGUUUGGUGGUGCACACAUGGUGCCAGCUUACGGAAACUUAAUUUUGCAAGCAGUUUUAAAUAAACAGGAGGCUAAAGAUGUAGCGUGGCAGUUCACAGUGAUAGAUUUGUUGAGGACAAUUUGUGCAUUACUCGCUAUAUUUUUACUCAAAAAUGUGAAACGAAGAACUAUUCUAUUCAGCAGUGGAGUUAUGACGGUACUAUCAUUAGCUUUAAUAUCAGCUUUCAUAUAUUUGAGGAAAGCUGAAAUUAUAACACAAACUUGGUUGUUGGAUACCGUACCAAUGACUCUGAUGAUUUUAUACAGUUUAUCCUUCUGUUUAGGUUUAGUUCCUUUGAACUGGGUUAUUUGUGGCGAAGUAUUCCCGUUGACUUACCGAAGUUUAGGUUCAACUUUGUCCACUUCAUUUUUGACACCGGCUUUUGUGGUGUCAAUGAAAACAGCUCCACAUUUCUACACAUCUAUUGGCGUGGAAGGUGCUUUUCUAGUCUAUUCUGCAACUUUGACUGUUUGUCUAUUGGUGAUGUAUGCAAUGUUACCAGAGACUAAAGACCGUACUCUCCAAGAUAUUGAGGACAGUUUUAAAGGCAGAAAGUGCUCUGAUGUCGAAGUACAACUAAGUUUAAUGGACGAUAAGAAUAAUCUUGUUAGAAAAUAAGAAACAAAGUAGAUGUAACAUUCUUCUUCUCCUUCUUUCUUCUGGGCUUGUCUUCGUACUUGUUGGGCUCCCCGCGGGGUCAAUCCAGCCAGCCGAGCUCACUCCAGAAGCUAAGCAGGCCGCCCAGGUCGCCAAGUGCUUCAGGGAGUGAUGCUGGGGAGCCAAGGUAUGCUUGCUACUCCUCUACAUCGGAGCAUUUCGUGUGUCAGUAUCACAUGUACCCCAUGCUCUGCAAAGAGGACUGUCGGUUAUAUCUAAAGUGAAAAAGUUUUGUUUAAUUGGCAAUGUGCCCUGAUAUCAUUUUUACUACCGUUCUUAGUUUGAUCUGACAUAGUUUUAGUAGUUUGGUUUGCUAGAAUGUAACAUUGUUCAAGAAUCUAAUAAGUUUACAAGAUAAUUUUAAAACGGGGUACUGCAACACCAACUAUUAAAAUAAAUUAAUAUAAAUUCAAGUAUAGUUUAAAGUAUAUAAUUCUAAUUAACUAAUUAGUACACGAGUGCUGUGAUACGUUUUUGUACCACUAUUCUUUGUAGUAAUUUUAUUAUGUAAGAUUUUUAAUACAAAUACCA